CUUCUCUCCCGUGUGUCUCUCGCAAUCGAAUAUCCUUUUCCCCAAUUUUUCAAUAUAUCACUUUCUCGAUCUCUCCGUUUCUCAUCAACCCAACCCAACCCAACCCAGCCCUAAUCUCAUCAAUUUGCAGGCUUAUCAUCAAAAUGGCAAAAGGCAUCAGAGGAAGACGUAGGAUUGCUUCACGAUCACGACACUACAGAACAACCCCGUAUCCAAUGCUGACUUGUGGACCCAACAGCGCGAAUGAGAAAACAACCGUCAAGCCCAUGAAAGAUUGGGAAGACAUUACCUGUUCUGUAUGCAUGGAAUAUCCUCAUAAUGCUGUUCUUCUUCUAUGUUCUUCUCAUGAUAAAGGCUGCCGUCCGUAUAUGUGUGGGACCAGCUCUCGCUACUCCAAUUGCCUUGACCAAUACAAAAACGCCUACAUAAAAGUAGCCUCACCACAACAUUCCCAAUCUCUGCAAACAAAUGGCAGCCAUGGGUUUGACCAGAUGUCGGGUUGGCCCAUUGAGAAAUGUGGAGACCUGACCCAGCUCGCGUGCCCGCUUUGCAGAGGUCAAGUCAAAGGGUGGACUGUGGUGGAGUCGGCCCGCGAAUAUUUCAACUCAAAAAAAAGAAGCUGCAUGCAUGAUAAGUGUUCUUUUGUCGGAGUAUACAAAGAGUUGAAGAAACACGUGCGAUCAGAGCAUCUCUCGGUUAACCCGCGUGAAGUGGACCCGGAUCAAGAACAGAAAUGGAGACGGCUUGAACGGGACCGAGAGCGUGAUGAUGUCAUCAGCACCAUCACGUCCUCCAUGCCCGGUUCAAUGGUCUUCGGUGACUAUGUCAUUGAAGGGAACCCAUACACCGACAACGAGGCGGGUUUUGAUACGGGUGGUUUAGAAAUGGGUAUGGAUAGUAACUUGGUCAACGUGCUUUUAUUGCUUCACGCAUUUGGCCCAGGUGGAAACACUGGCGGUUUUGGAGGGAUUAGAAGGCGGGAUCAUGAUGAUGAUGGGAAUAGUAACGAUGAUGGCGAUGAUAACAACGGGAUGUCACUGGUUAACCGUUUGCGGCGCCAGGCGGAAAGGCGAAGGCGGAACCGGACCCGGGUGUUCACCAGAGGUCAAACGUAGAUGUAGAAAAAGAAAGUGAAUGUAAAAAAGGGAAUCAGGAAGAUGUAGUUAUUUUUAGGAGGGAUAAAAAGGAGAAGUGUGUAUGCUUCCCUGUCAUCUGUCAACAAUUGUAUGCACAUUUGUUUCUUAGGAAGGAGCUCUAGCUUGAAGCUCUGACAGAAGAAUGCAGUUUUUUUUUUUUUUUUAUUUUUUUUUUUAUUUAACUUUCAGUAGAUGACCACAAGGGUUUGUGUUGACUAAAAUCUUCUGAUUUCUGUAUGUAAUUUACUGAUUCCCUAGACCUAUUUAUGUUCCUUAAAUUUAUGAUUCAGAAAACAUUCUUAUUUCAGAUUUA